AUGGGGCUAAAUGUCAGUCACGUGGCAUACCCAACAUUCCGACUCUCGGAUCAGAUCCCGAGCUUUUCCCUGCGGUUCGACCCUCCUGUAAUUGCCAUUAUGAACCACUCGGCGUCUGCGUCUCAACCCAGACCAAAACGUCGGAAAAUUGCUGUUGCCUGCGAUGAUUGUCGGGCCAGGAAGGUUCGUUGUGAUGGAGUACAACCGGCCGCAUUAGAAUCUCGGAUCCAACGACUUGAAAGCCCACGGUAUCCGGAGACGGCUCAAACAGCAGGAACCCCACUGAGAGCAUGUCUGUCAUCUCCGACACCCGGCACAGCACGGUCACCUACGCCUGCAAACUACACCCGAAGUACGCACCGUCAAGGCGACAUAUCCACACCCACAAGUCAACUAGAUGGGGUUAAUGCGAUGAUGGGUGCUGUAGAUGAAGAGCGCGCCUAUCAAGGUUUCUUUGGAAGCUCCAGUGCGGCAGGUUUCAUGCGUCAAGUCAAGACUGCGGUCGACCGAAGAGUCGCAUCACCUCAUCAGCGAUGCUCGGUUCCUAAUCCCCCUAUCCCUUCCAGCUUAAUGCCGACGCGUGGCGAGAGACAGCAGUCUUCUGUGGCAAGCUACGUGCUUCCCCCACGGAGAAUGGCAGACAGUCUGAUGGAGGUCUACUGGGACUACGUCUUCCCGUUAUAUCCGUUUCUGGAACCGGCUCAGUUGAAAGCCGAGUAUGCAAAGAUAUGGACCGGUGAUGGCCUGGUGUAUGAUGAGAACAUGUUGAUGUGCACUCUCAAUGUUAUAUUCGCUCUGUCCAGCCAGUUGGCGGAUUUCGUUCCGCCAAAAGAUCGAGAGGCAUCGGCAGAUGCUUUUUUUCCCGCGCCAAAGGGUUAUUUCAAUUCAAUCUUUGGGAUACUGGCUCUUCUGGGACUUCAUCUCCCCCAGCACAUUGCUCGUCUUCAGACGUUCCGAGAGCGCCAGCUGGCCCGAAAAAUAUGGCAUGGCUGUAUUUUAAUGGAUCGAGUUAUAUCUAUGACAUUCGGUCGCCCUGCCAUGAUAUCCAAGGCCUCUAGCGGGGCGGUUCCUUUGCCAGUCGCGGUUGACGAUGAGUAUAUCCCCGUCGACUCGAGCAAGGAGGUUUCCCAGCCUUCCGACUGUCCGUCGAUGAUGGCAUUCUACGCGAAAUCAUUGGAGCUUUACGAAAUCAUGAAUGAUGUACUUCUCAGCCUUUACAAGCCAAUCUCUGAUGAGAGCAGUGAGGACGCACAUGAGUUCACUUUCGACAAUGUUACAGGCGAGGGGGAGCGAACUAUCUUCCAGAUUGACCGCUCUCUCACUCAAUGGACACGAAGUCUGCCUCCACACUUGCGUGGAGGUUCAUCGGAGAGCUCUGCAAACCCUAUAUUCUGCCGACAAAAAGUUGUAUUGCGCGCCAGAUUUCUUCAUGUGCGUAUGCUACUUUUUCGGUCUACUCUUUCCAAGUACUGUGCCGUCCGAGAUAAUACCACGACUGGUCCGCUGGUGUCUGCGUAUGACUCCUUUCCUCAUCGGGUGGCGCUUCAAUGUUCAAUCAUUUGUGUGAAGACGGCCCAAGAGUCGAUCGAGCUCAUCCACAAUAACGUCCCUGCUGAUGGUACCGGUGGCCCACUACCAGCGUGGUGGUAUAAUAUUCUGUACGUUUAUACUUCUGCAACCGUCUUGAUCGCGGGCCGUUUAUGCUCUGCGAUACUUGCCGAGGUCACAGAAAACUCCAUCGCGCAGUCUUGGAACUACGCACUCGAGGUACUUCGGAAAUACCAAACCUAUAGCACAUCAGCUCGUCGCUGUGUGGCUGCUCUUGAGAUCCUUUACGAACAAGUUGCCUCUGAAGGUCUGUUGCCGACCGACAACUCAUCCAGCCAUAACAUAGACACCAGUGCAGGCGUCGUGAAUGAUGAAUCCUUUGGAGAAGCAAUAAACGCGGCCAUUAUGGACCAUUUUGAAUUCCCUGACUUUCAAGAUAUGUCAUGGUUGAAUAGUGUUCCAAGCAACCUGUUUUAG